CAUGGACGGGCGACGAGAGUUAGCACUAAUGUGCGAGUAAUGAGAAUUGUUUUUCUAUUCUGGAGACGAAGACAAACCAAAGCAAGGUAUACAUCACAAACAUCAAAACUGACAGUUUGUAAGUGAUAUAUUGAAUUUAAAAACAAAUAUGUCUGAACAACAACAGCAACAACAACAACAGCCUUCACAACAACAGCAGCAACAACAUCCACCUUCUUCUGCACCUCAGCAUCAACCAGCCCAGCAACAAUCCAGUCAAGGACAACAGCAACAGGCACACCCCCAACAACAGCAGCAGCAACAGCAACAACAGCAGCAACAACAACAACAUGUCCCCCAGCAAAACCAGCAGCAACACCAACAGCCCCAGUCCUCACAGCCUCAGGUACGGCUGGCCGUACAACAGGCACAGCCACCGACAUCCCUGCAUUCUGUUUCAAAUAUGGGCACUUCCCUACCAGUGACUUCCAUGACAACUAAUACCAUGGCAACCAUGGUUGCAGCAGGGAUACGUAACCCUAUACCACAGGUUCAGGUCAUCCCACAAAUGCACAGUCCACCGUACAUAUCACAGUUUCCAUACAACCAGCAACAGAUCAUGCUACAGAAUGCCGCCAUGCAGGCUGCCAUGCAGGCCAGUGCUAUGAACAUGAACCUAAACCCACAGCAGCUCAACAUGAAUAUGAACAUGGCGGCCAUGGCGAUGCAGCGACAGCCUCAGUCUGUUAAUAAUAAUCUAAACAGUCCUGGCAACCUCUUGUCACCCAGCCCAACAACACCAACCCAGCAAAACCCAGGAAUGAAUUUCAGCUCUGCAGUCACAUCGCAGGUCAGCAACAGCAACGUGCAGUCUUCAAAUGGGAAAGGCGGCUCAAAUGGCAACAAAGGACAGACAACAGGGAUGGGUCAGAUACAACAGGCACAAGCUACAGCUUUGGUGGGAGGAAAACCUAUUAUGCCAACACAAGGCAUGCAGACUGGUGGUCCCCAACCAUUGGUGUUAUCACAACUCAGUGUGCUCCCUAACCCACCAGUGGCUAACACACAGGGAUUUGUUGCUGGACAUACCAAAGGACAGUCAAUGUCCCUGAGCCAGGCUGGUCAGUCACAACUCAUCAACACACAGGCACCGAUACGUUUCUCUCAACCCCAGAUUGUGUCUAGUACGGGUCAGAUAAUCUCCUCUCAUGUCCAGCCCAUGUUAGCCAAUCAAGCGGUCCUGCAGGCCAUGGCAAGUCUCCAGCAACAGGGGAUUCCAUUGGCUCAUCAGCAACUCCUCUCUGCGCCUGGCCAGUCACCAACCAUCUUAUCUGCAGGACAGUCACUUUUCUUACGGCCUGCUAGCCAGAUACCAACACAGCAGGGUAUGAUGACAGCCACAGGUGUUCAGACUAUAGGACCAGCCAUGAAAGGUGGUCGCAUGGAGAUGCCACAGAAUUUGCAGGUCAAAUCUAAUCCAGGGUCAGUGGCUUUGUCCAAACAGGCAGCUGGAGGUCAGUCUGCAGGUAAAGCUAUCCUUCCAUCAUUAGUUAAAAGUAACACUGCCAAAAUACCGCCAACACAGAUGAUAGGCCAGAGGACAAAGUUAUCUAUACCAAGUCUGCCCCGAACACCAAAGGGUCGACCACGCAAUCAAAACAAGAGUACAGCAGUGACAACUGCCACUGCAGCUACUAACACUGUGGCAUCAGCCUUAAAAGCCACUGCUGCAGCGACAAGUCAGUCGAAACCUGCAACGCCAACUACUCAAGUUGUGAAUCUGACCACGCAGGCAAAGAGUCAGUCGGAUUCAGAGUUAGAAGCUGCAAAGAAAGCUACACCACUUGAAUCAACUAGCAAUGGAAUCACAGAGGCCAGCCAGGCAGAAGUUGGACCUAAGGAACCCCCUGCUUCAGAUCCACAUCUGGUGAACUCAACAACAGACCAAUCAGAGAACCCAAUGGAUACCAAUGAGAAGGUGGAAACAGUUGCUGUGGCACCGAUUAUGGUGGAGAAACAGCGGGCUAUUGUGAAACCUCACAUCCUUACUCACGUGAUAGAAGGGUUUAUCAUACAGGAAGGGCCAGAACCCUUCCCUGUGGAGAGGUCUUCACUACUCACUGAAUUUAUCCCACCGAAGCCUGGACAGACACCUUCUGACGACAAAGAAACAGACCUAAACGGAGAAUCUCCGAUGGAAAGUAGCCACUCUUCUCUAGUUAACAAAGCAGGGGAAAGCACAAGAAGACCAUUUGUCAAAUGUGAGUUUUGUGGUAAAGAUGAACAAUCUACAAGGUUUAAGAAGUCAAACCGGUUUUGUUCAAUGCCGUGUGCGAAGAGGUUUAAUGUUGCUUGUUCACGCCGUAUAUCCUUGUUCAGGGUUCGUGGUCGACCACCUUCACUAGCAGCUGGUGGCAAGGUAAUCAAAAAGAAACCAAUGUUUGGGGUGAGAAAAGGCUGGCGACAAGGUGGACGUGGAUCGCGCAUGUCAUACAACCUCUCUGGAGAAAUGGACGUGGAUGACAAUAGCCAGUUUGAUCAUGCGGAACAGAGCAGUUCUCCAAGCUCUGAGAACGAAAGCAGCAUGACACCUGACUCACCAACCACAGUACAGGGCCAAGGGGAUGGCGACUACCAGGACACGCCACAAUCCAACCCAGCUCGCUGGAAUGUUGUGGAAGUGUAUGAGUUUAUCAAAUCUAUGCCUGGCUGUGCACCAUAUGCUGAAGAGUUCCGAUCGCAAGAGAUUGAUGGUCAGGCACUGAUGCUCCUUAAGGAGGAUCAUCUUAUGACAGCCAUGAGCAUGAAACUUGGACCUGCCCUUAAAAUCUGUGCUCGUAUUAACAGUCUGAGAGACGAGGCUGUGUAAAUUGUCAAUUGUGACUUUUCAAUGGAAUAGUUAUAAUUCUCUAGAAAAUUUUUUAGAUGGAAAACAUGAAUCAAAGGAUUAUGGAUGAAUAAUGAUAAUUAUUCCUGAGAUUAUACCCUGAAAUAUGGUUACAUUUCAUCAUUGGUUUGGUGAAUAAUCUUAAAUUUCAUCUAAAUAACAGAUGAGAUCUUUUGACUUUCAUAAAUCACUGAGUUAUUGAUCGGGUCAGUUGGAGGACCCUUUCAAAGUUCAUUUAGUGCUGAUACAGUCAUACAGUAAAAUCAUCAAUUUUUGUGGUGUAUUUAUUCUCACUGAUUUUGUGGGCCCUCCUAUUGAUUUUGUGGGCCCUCCUGUUGAUUUUGUGGGCCUUCUCGUUGAUUUCGUGGGCCUUCUUAAUUCACAAAUUUAUAUGAGUAGAUUUAUUAAGCUAUUUUUAGUCACAAAUGUUAAGUGUCGAUGAAAUACUUAUUUGAAAAAAACCUUGAAAAUAGAGCCCCACAAAAAUAUAUGAUAUUACAGUAUACAUGUAAAGAAAAUGCUGGUAUUUAAGAUAUAUUAAGUACUAGUGUGCUUGAUUGUUAUAUAAACCAUUAUCUUGCUGUGGUAUACAUUUGAUAAUUCAUGAUCGAUUUUUUAGAUAUAUGACAACUUUCAUCAGAAUUCUUGUCUAUCGAAAACAUUAAAUAUGUAAUAUUUGGUGCAAAAAAAGAGAGGAGAUGGUUAUUUAUUUGUUGUGUACAAAAAUCUGUGUGGAGUAUUCGUUUUGAAUAGUAGAGGUGAACAAAACAAUACAGGACGUAUCAUCCUGUUGAUGUAAGUCUUGAAGUUUCUGUUUUUUAUUGUUGUGCAAUCAUUGGUGCAAAAAUGUAUGACACACUUCGCUGCUAAAUGGCUACUUCAACAAGAUAAGAUGUGUGAAAAUGCAUUCGGAUAAAAUGUGUGGAAAAUGGGUUAGAUAUUAUAUACAGCGUGUAUAUAGGACGGACACUGUAGUAUUCAUUUGCUUUGUGUACUGAUGGUAACUUUGUCAUCUUCAUCAUAUUGAUAAAUAUUUCUUCAUGCAAUUCUUAAAUGUUUGUACGCGUAUUGGACGUUUCACCUUUUAUUUCAUGUGUUUAUGCGCCAUAUCAAUGGAAAGUGCAUGCUAGAAAGUCAGAAGAUGAUUGGUCUACAUGUGUUUUACAGCCAUCAUAUUUUGAGAGAGUGUGAGAAAGGAUGCAGAAAAAAGGAGGGAAAGAUGAAGAAAACAAGAUACAUUUGAAAUUAUUUAAUGCACAAGUGGACACUAUACAAUGGUUCAAUCUUAAUCACAGACAGGUCAAAGGUUUAUGAUAUUAUUAACCUUGUGUUACUAUUUUUAGAAUUUUAGAAACAGCAGGUUCAUAUUUUCUUUUACUUUAUCAUUGAUAAACAUUGCUCUCUUUGGGAUUCGCAACUUUUAUAAAAAUUUUUUUAGAUAAAACGUCUUCAUUCUAUAUCUACCAAUUAUGGACUCAUUGUAAAGAUGUGAUUUUUUAAAAGUGAUAAAUGAUAUUUACCUUAUUUAAUAUCUCAUUCCUGGGCGAAAGUAAAUGUGUACCUUUAUGAAAUUUGGUAAGUACACUAAAUGCUUAGAUAAUAAAUACUGUUUGAAAUCUUCUGAAGUAUGAUUAUUGUGGGAAGUUUGGUGUGUUGACAAAUGAAGUUGUGGUUUCAGAGUGAUCAAUUUUUACAUUUGAAUUAGAUGUCUGUAAUUUUAUAUUUCUGUUUGUUUAACGUUUUUAAAUUUUGAUAAACCUGAAAUCUUAGACAUAUAUAAGGAUAAUAUUCUAAAUUUUCAUCUGUUGUAAUAUUCAAUUUCGAUUGCUUAGAAAUUUUUAGCAAUUUUAUGCCAUGCCAAAUAUGUGAUUUAAAAAUUCUCAAAAAAAAAAAGAGAUGAAUGGAGAUGACCUUCUUUACUUUCAUCAGUGUUGUUGCCUUGCAUACUUAACUUUCCUGCAUAUAAUAUCAGAGAUUUAUAAAACCAUAUUUCAAAAAUUUAGAUUGAUAUGAAACAACUAUGAACAGAUCUGUGUUUUAUGUAGCGCUCAUGUCAUGAAACAUGAAAGCUUCCUUUUCAGCAGACCUUGAGGUACUUGUAGUUUAAAACUUUUUCCCCCUUUGAUCUUUCUAAUACAUGGGUAGUACGUCAGAUAAUGGCAUUAAAUGUGGCUUAAAUUCUAGCGAUUGCAAGACCUAUUUUUCCUUUUCAAACCAGACCCAGGUUUUGUCAAAAUAUUUUCCAAAUGGAUAUUUAUAGCAUAUUCAAUUACAAACAAGUUACAGCAAUUGUUUAUUGUAUACGAAAAUGUUUGUUUAUUGUUUAUUGAAAAACCUAUAAAAUGAAAAUAGUAACCAAAGAAAAUUCUUUAGAAAUGAGUGUGAAAUGACAUAUUUUUCAACGAAUUUGAAAAUUGUGUCAUGUUAUAGAAAAUAAAUGUUGGAUUAGAUAAGAAAGAGGACGACAAAACAAUGGAUGGAAGGUUGAUAAUUGUGCCAUAGUUUAUUGUAAAUAAAUGUGAGUAUAGUACCUUAUAGUGCCCGUUUUUAAACAGGUUGAAUGUAAAGUUGUAGUAUUGAAUCACUGACUCUAUAUUACCUGAAAACAAACCACAAUAUCAAGUUGAAUCGACAGGGUUGUGAAAAAGCUUGAAAGGACAAUUUUCAAUGUUGAUCGUGGGACUGCUGGACAAAUGAUUACUGGAGUGCUGGAUGUGUAAAUUAAUUUUAGAUUUAGUAAACUCUGCAGCGACUUCUCUGUAAAUCAGAUGUUUUCUCAAUAGGUUUUCUGUUGGUGUUAUGAUAUUAGUUUCAUGUAAAAUUAGAAUUAAAAGAGUGUUAUUGGGAAUUUUUAUCCGAUAUCGUCAUUCAGCGAAAUUUUCAUUGUGUACUGCCAUCACUUUUCCACAAACUUUCAUUAUAACACUAUGUCGUAUUAAACAAAGGAAAUUGCAUUGAGUCUUGACACAUUACUUGCUUACAUUUGUUGUUAGUAUCACAAAAGGAAAACAGAUGCUAGGUUAAAGUCAUAAAAUUAAAGAUGUUUAAAUAGUCAUAGAUUUUAACAAAAGAAGAAAUUGAGAAAACCUCUGAUUGAAUGAUUUUCAGAAACAAUGGAUGUACAUUAUAUUUACACAACGAAACGGCAUUAAAACAUUGAUGUGAAGAUAUGAAAGUGAA